AUGACAAACCCAAGAACUAUCACUACUACUCAAUCAAGUAUUUCUAAGCAACCUUUUGCUGAAAAGGAAAGAAAGGGUUCUCAAAACUUCAAGAAUACUUUAGAUCUUACUAAUCUUGACUCAGAUUCUGGAUAUAAAGCUAACCUUAAGAAUAGUAGUCUUUCUCGCUUAGGUAAUACUAGCAGUGCAAGACUUGAAAGUAGUUAUAAAUUUACAAUUGCUAAGCGAUUUAAACGGCUGUACACUAUGUCUGACUCUGAAAAUAAGGAUAAUUAUGAUGUUAAAUCUCCUAGUGGAAAAAGUAAAAAUAAAUAA